CUAAAAACUCAAAAAACACCCCAAAACAACCCUAAAAACAAACCAAAAAUGGCCAUCUUCUUCACUUCUACCCUUCUAAUCAUUUCAAUUAUUGCUACAUCUGAGGGAAUGAAUACUAAUCGAAGUGCUUCAACCUCCGAUUCUCUCCAAACCCAAAAGGAUUGUAAAGUGAUAUAUGGGAUGUUUGUGCCUGUAGCAGGGUCAAGAAUGCAUGGAGACGCCAAAAUGAUGGCAAAUAACCCAAAUUCGUCCAAUCAAUUAAUUGUAUCUGGUGGCAAAUCAAAAUAUUCAGUGACUUUACAAGUCGAAAACCAGCCGAAGUGUGUUGCCCAGAAUAACGGAACUCCUGUAGAAUGUCAAAUUAAAGGAGACAAAUUGUCUGGAAAAUUGAUUUAUGACAUUGAAAACGGCCCAUCUGUCUACGUUCCCUUCAAAGACACCCCAAUCUUUGUUGGAAAUAAAUCCGAAAUUGUUCUUGAUGGCUACGAUAUGAAGGACCACAAAUUAACUCUUUCUAUGAAUAAAGUAAAGCUGAUGAUUGAGCCGACAAAUAAGCAAAUUGUAAAGGCUUGUGGAGCGAAAAAUUAG